AUGACUAAAAUAACAGACGAUGAUAACAAUACAGUCACUGCUUUAGAUUAUCUUCAACGACAAGAACAACUUGAAAAAGAUGCACAAAGUAUUCUACCUGGUAAAUUCGAAAAAUGUACAUUUCCUUUUGGAUAUAUUCGACAGCCGAUUUAUGCUUGCAAGACAUGUAGCAUCGAUGAGCCCGCUGGCAUAUGUUAUAGUUGUUCAAUUGCUUGCCAUGCUGAACAUGACUUGCUUGAAUUAUUUCCAAAACGUCAUUUUAGGUGCGAUUGUGGGUUAUCCGGUAAAUUAAAUGAUUAUCCUUGUAGACUUACAUUACCUGCAAAAAGGAUUAUUAAGAAAAAUGAGGAAAAUAAGUACAAUCAUAACUUUGAAGGCAGAUAUUGCAGAUGCGAUACUUUUUAUAAUCCUGAAAAAGAAGAAGGAACGAUGUAUCAAUGCAUUGCCUGUGAAGAUUGGUUUCAUGAUACUUGUAUCGGAAAAAUUCCUGAAACAAUAGAAGAUUUUGAGUGCUAUGUGUGUAGGAGCUGCACGAAAAAAUACCCAUUCUUAAUGAAUGGUAAAAGUUCAAAAUUUAGUUUUGGUUUAUCAAAAAGUGAUCAAUGUAUAGAUACAUGGAUAUUAUCUGAAUUACUAAUAAAGAAAGACAAUAAAGAGACUGAACAAGAAACAAGAAGAGAUGACGAUGUUUCUUCUAUGAUAGCCGAAGAAAAUAAUUAUCAGAUUUCGAAUAAUAAUGAAACGUAUAUAAUUUCAGAUGAGCUAGAAAAUAAUACUACUAAUUCAUCAGAAAACCCCAAUAUAUCAACUGGUGAAAAACGAAAAUAUCAAGAGGAAAAAGAUAAUAUAAUUCCUAAUACAUUUAAAAAAUUGAAAAGUGACUACGAUUGCAAAAAUGUUGAUAUUACUUUGCUACCUGAACAUGAUAAUAUUGAAAUUUUCUUACAAGAAAAUUGGCGUGAAGCUUUAUGUAAAUGUACCGAGUGUGCAGAGGCGUACAAGGCAAACCAUGUUGAAUAUCUACUUGCGGAAGAGAAAACAUAUGAACCCGAAGAAGAUGAAGAUGCAGGAAAAUCGUUAUUUGAAAUAGGAAUGGAGCAGCUUCAAUGUGUUGAUCGAAUCAAAGCGAUAGAAAGUUUAAUGGCUUAUAAAUCACUUGCAACAGACAUUAAAUCUUUUUUAGAGACUUUCAAAGAUACAGGAAAGAUUGUUACGAAAGAAGAUAUUGAAGCAUUCUUUGCCGCUAAGCGUGAAGAAAAAAAUCAACAAAAUGAAUAA